UUGUCCUCAAAUUUGCCUGUUACUAAAUGUUUGCUUGUCGGCAGAUGAUGACGAUACAAUGCAGGGACUGAUGAGCUACAAGUGCAGCUUAAGUUAUUAAACAGGAGCUGAAAUUACAGGUUAGAGGAACGAGGCGGAUUAAAGUAUUUUUACCACAAAGCCACAGACAGAAGGCACUGAUCUGAAACAGAGAGGUGGGAGACGGAGAGAAGGCAGAGAGGACGGAGGGAGGGUGAGAAGGAGAGUAGUGGAGACGACAGAUUGAAGAAGAUCCAGAAGCUGAGACCUUCUGCCUUUCCUUCUUUCUAGGUUCUCCAAGGCCUCUGGGCCACCCAGCAUGAAGCAGGCACCAUGGGCUUUCUGGAAAAUUACCAGGAGAUUGACCCCGUCACUUUGAACCUUUGCAUCCUUAUCGCCAGCUACGUUAUCUUGCUCCUGGUUUUCCUGAUAUCCUGUAUCAUGUAUGACUGCCGGGGCAAAGAUCCCACCAAGGAGUACGCUCCGGACCCGCAGCCCAUUCAGUCUCCCAUCAAGCUGGUGGUGAUGCAGAGCACCUCUACUCCGAUGGGCCGGUGGGACACAGCUAACAUGAUCACCACCUACCACGAGCCAUCACACUCGGACUUCAGGGAGAAGAAGAGCACGAUGGUCUGA